AAAAUAAACAAAAUUUAUUCGGAAAGUCGCGAAACCCUCAAUUUCUUACUAGAUAUUUAGCUCUGGCGUGUACUGUUAAAACUCAAAGAGUUAUUUUUUCACAGAAUGGCCUCGAAAAAGCCUCCCAAAACCGAGUUGGUGGCUAUUUGCAAACUUGAAUUUUAUAGAAAACAGAAAAACUGGAAGUUUUGCGCUCAGGAACGCAAAGCGAAGGAUUCCAAGAAGCGUACUAAAAGUACCAAUUCAAAACUCAACCAGACCUACAACAUCGCGUCAGUCGUUAAGAAAACAGAUGUGAAGCCUGAGCCAAAGCCAGUCGCUGCGCAACCUGAGCCAGAGGCUCCCGAGCCCGAACUGGCAGUCGCGGAGCCUGAGGAACAGAACCUGGACGAAGCGUUCGUGGAGGCGGAGACCGGGACUGCCUCGGAGUCCGAUGAGCCCGCGGAGGGGAAGGAUGUCUUGAAGGAUGUACUAGAAACUGAGACAGGAAAAUCUACAUCUCAAUCGGAGCCCCCCUGGAUAUCCCCUCGCUGGUCGAUCCAGCGCUGGGCGGAGCGCCACCGCCUUUGGAACCCUGAACCCACACACGAGCCACCGUGCCCCACUGAUCCACUCUGCCCCACUGAUCUACCGUGCCCCGCUGAACCAUUAUGCCCCACUCACAACCUUAAAAAUAUACACCCUCAGCAGGAUAUUAACCGUCCGACAUACUCUCAAAACUAUCAAGACGCCAACUGUCCUAUUUUCGAUAACAACUACAAUAGACUACAACAAGACUUGUAUUCAAAUCAAAAUUUCCAAUAUCCGAACUAUCCAAAUUACCCAUAUUACGCUAAACAUACAGAAUUCGAUCCUAAAUACGCCAGUGUGUUUUACUACAACUCGUGUUACCAAGAGUUGGACGUGCCCUAUCGGGGGCAAAGUGAACCGUAUAGGGGGCACAGUGAAGUGUAUAGGGGGCAAAGUGAGACGUUCUUGCCCCACGAUGUGAACGCGGGAAAAGAGUGGGAUGAUCGGGAGUGGUGCGCGGGGGAGGGCGCGGCCUGGAGCGAACCGGAGUGGCUGGCCGAGGCGCUCGCGCUGGGCGCGGGGGGCCCGGGCGGCGAGGACGCCGUGGACGGCGGCUGGCGGCACGACCUGAGCUCCGUGUCCCGCUGCGACAGCCUGCCCUCGGUGGCCAGCAGCGAGUUCCUGCGCGGCGCCGAGCUGGCCCCGCACUCCACACAGAUAGACUUGCUACUCGGGCCGGAGCCGGCCGCGGCGCUGACGGGCGCGGCGCUAGUGGCGGCGGUGGCGCGCCACACGGCGGCGCUGCGCGGCCUGCUGCACGAGGCGCAGCGCCGCCAGCAGAUGUGCUCAAAAGAAGCGCCGUCGUACGAUGAAAUCCCCGUCCGUGACCCCGGGCCCGACCAGUACCACCUUCCCCUUCGGUUCGACGACCCUAUCGUAGCGAGUUCUUAUAGACCCAUGCCGGAUCUAAAGGGGCAGACCGGGCAAGAUAGACAGGGUGUCGGUGAGACGGGGCGCGGGCGCGGCCGCCUCAAGGUAGGGAUCCGCAUGGGCCGCCCCUACCGGCUGUGAGCAGCAGCACUGAAGUAACGAGCAAGUUCUCCACAAUUUUGUCGAAUACAGGGUGAUUUCAUACAAGUCGCGCCAUUUGCAAUGACGCGCAAAUGCGAUGUGAAAAGAAAUUGAGCGAAAUGGCAACGAUUUUGACAAAUAUUACAUACAUACAUACAUACAAUCACGUCUGUAUCUCAUAAAGGGGUAGGCAGAACACAUGAAACUACUAAAGCUUCAGUGCCACUC